GUGUCACUAUCUCUGCGAAGGCCAUCGGUGAGCUGACGCAGACACAUGUAAGCUCUGAGACCUUAACUGUCUUGCCUCCUCCGAUCAAAGUACCACCUGGUGCUCUGGUUUUAUUGUAAUGUUUACACCAGUCCAGCAACACGAUCCAGUCUGGACUCGCGAUCACACACAAGUUAACAUGAGCUCCUUGGACACAAGGUGGAAAAUCACAGCUUUGACAACAUUUCUGUUGGUUCUGAAGGCUGAAGCCGUGCCAACACAUUAUGACUAUGGACGUGAUGUGGAUGCUGGGGAAUUAAGAGAGGAUAUUCCCGAUAUUAAUUUAAAAUCAUCGCGAGAUCUCUUUGAGGGAGAUAUUGCUGUAGAUCCAAGAAGAAAUGCCAUUCUGGAUGAAAAAAAAAAAUGGAAAUUUCCCAUUCCCUACAUCCUGACAGAUUCUUUGGAGCUGAAUGCCAAGGGUGUGAUCCUGCAGGCCCUUGAGAUGUAUCGCCUUAAGUCCUGUGUUGACUUCAAGCCUUACGAGGGCGAGAGCACUUACCUCUCUUUCACUAAAUUGGACGGAUGCUGGUCCUUUGUGGGGGACCUGGCGACGGGCCAGAAUUUGUCGAUCGGGGCAAGAUGCGACACCAGAGCUAUCGUUGAGCACGAGCUCCUUCACGCUCUCGGCUUCUACCACGAGCAGUCACGCUCUGACCGUGACGAUUACGUCAAAAUCCACUGGGACCAAAUCCUGGAGGGGAAAGAGCACAAUUUUAACAAGUACGAGGACGACUUUAUCACGGACUUGAACACGCCGUAUGACUAUGAGUCCAUCAUGCACUACCGCCCGCUCUCCUUCAACAAGGACCCCGCCAUCCCCACCAUCACCACGGCGAUCCCUGCUUUCAACAAUGUGAUUGGCCAGCGUCUGGACUUCAGUGCAGUCGACCUGGAAAGACUGAACCGCAAGUAUGAGUGUGCUGCUACUCUGACUCUGCUGGACCAGUGCUCCUUUGAGCAGAUCAACAUCUGUGGGAUGAUUCAGAACGAGCAGGACAACGGGGACUGGGUCCAGACCCCCAGCACGGCAGGCAGCAAUGACCACACCCUGGGAGGCCAGUGCAGAGAUGCAGGCCUCUUUAUGCACUUCGACACGUCAAGGUCAGUGCCAGGGACAAGUGCUCUCCUGGAAUCGCGGAUCCUGUACCCCAGGAGGAGCCAGCAGUGCCUGCAGUUCUUCUACAAGAUGUCAGGAGGCGCUGGAGACCGGCUGGUAAUAUGGCUGCGCAUGGACGAUGGCACUGGGGACGUCCGCAAAGUGAAAAAAGUGCACACCAUCACAGGUGACGGGGAUGAUUCGUGGAAGAUUGCUCACGUGGCCCUGAGCGUCGGAGAUAAGUUCCGCUACUUUUUUCAGGGUAUGGUGGGCGUCGAAAACCAGGCAUCCAGUGGCAUCUCCAUCGACGACAUCACCCUGACAGAGACGGCAUGUCCCGUCGCCGUGUGGCAGAUCAGCAAGUUCAGCAGCCUUUUGGCCUCCACAGCAGUCGGGGUCGGCAUUCGCAGUGGCCGCUUCAACAACUCUGAAGGCUACGCGUACGGGUUCACCGUCUACCCCAAUGGCCGAGAUGCUAACUCUGCUACAUACCUUGGCGUGACCUUUCACCUUUACAGUGGCGUGGAUGACGGUGUGAUGGAGUGGCCGGCCAUGAACAGGCAGGUCAUCAUCACUGCCAUAGACCAGGACCCAGAUGCCACGCUGCGAAUGUCCAAUAGCCGCAGCUUCACUAGUGACUCCAGCGCCACAUGGACUAGGCCAGUGGACGUAAAUGCCACGUGGGACGAGAGCUGUACGUGCUACAGAGGACGAGAGAUAGGCUGGGGCACAUUCAUGUCCCACCUGCAGCUGAAGAGGAGGAGCUUCCUCAAGAACGACGACCUCAUCAUCACCGUUGACUUUGAUGACCUGACCCAUCUGCUGGAGACCGAGGUGCCUGUGGUGGCUCCAGCACAGGAAGAGAGGGUGGCGGGGAACGAGGAGAAGGAGGAGGAGGAGGAGGAGGAGGAGGCCCCACCCAAAGAGGUCCCAGCCGAAGAGUCCCGGCCCAGGGGGGCCCGCGCCCUGACUGACCCCUGUUCCCCCAACCCCUGUCUCAAUGGAGGAGUGUGUGUGGAGAAACGAGGCCAGGCCGCAUGCAGGUGUGCAUCUGGACAGUCCACAUUCUAUACGGGUGACAUGUGCGAAACCCAGCAGAUUGCCGGAUCUGUUGUGGGUUUUCUGAUAGGUGGAGCGGUGGGUUCCAUGGUCCUGGUUAUCGCAAUCUUUGCAGUUAUUCGUCAACGGGCCUAA